CCCCUCCCCCAGACCCCGUCCCGGUGUGAUCCGUUGUGACCCAUUCUGGGUGGUGCUGGCGCUGUUUCGGAUCUGCAGUUACUUUCGGUUGCACUUUCGGAGCUGGAGCUGAGGAAGUGAGGCGUGGAGAUGGCGCUGAUGGAGGUGUGCGGCGUUCGGGACUGGAGUCGGAGCGAUCUCCCUCUCGGACAGAGCAGCCUGCUUCUCAGCCCAGGGCAGCAGCUUGGUCUCUGGGCCAGGGACGGGCAGCUGGCGGUACCGGUUGGUCUGGAUCCAGUGAAAUUCCUUAAACCAUACAUUGAUGGUGAUGACGGGGUUGAGAUUAAACUCCACCAUGGAACAACCACUCUGGCUUUUAAGUUUCAACAUGGAGUGAUGGUUGCCGUGGAUUCCAGAGCAUCAGCAGGCUCCUACAUUAACACCCAGACAUUCAAGAAGGUGAUUGAGAUAAACCCCUACCUGUUGGGCACAAUGUCAGGUAGUGCUGCAGACUGUGUUUUCUGGGAGAGAAUGUUGGCCAAACAAUGCAGGAUUUAUAAAUUACGGAACAAGAAACGUAUCUCAGUGUCUGCUGCGUCCAAACUAUUGGCUAACAUGGUAUCUGAGUAUAAAAGCAUGGGGCUCUCAAUGGGAACCAUGAUCUGUGGCUGGGAUGAGAAGGGUCCAGGUCUUUACUAUGUGGAUGAUAAUGGGAUGAGGCUCUCGGGCAGCAUGUUCUCUACUGGCUCAGGUUGUAGUUAUGCCUAUGGUGUUAUGGACAGUGGAUAUCAAUAUGAUCUGACGGUGAAGGAAGCUUAUGAUUUGGCACAGCGUGCUAUUUACCAUGCCACCCAUCGCGAUGCAUACUCUGGAGGCACAGUUAACAUGUAUCACAUGCGGGAAAAUGGCUGGAUCAAAGUGUCUCAGGAAGAUGUUGGUGCUCUGCACCACAGGUACGCUGCAGAGACUCCAUGAGCUGCUCGAGACCCAUUUGAAAACAAAUCUCAGUCAAGACCAACAACUGAAGUAACCAAAUAUUUACAUUAGACUGUUAGGCUGUGAAUGGUUUACAGCUAACAGUUCACUCAAGUGCCAUAAGCUUAAACUUCAGUUUACUGAAUAAAUAAAUACAAUCUUUCCACAAA